GGUGGGGCAUGUGGGCCCAGUCUGACACAGGUGACCAGGAGGAGAGUCACCGGGACGACAGACUGAAUCGGGCCAGAGGGUAGCUUUAACCAGACAGCCCAGACCUGUCCAGUGCCUUGCCGGUUGCAGACUGGGUUUGUGUCAGAAAAGGAGCAAGACCAUGUUGGGGACGGCGGGACCUGUGCUGUGGAUGUUCUGUGCGGUCUGGGUGGCUGCUGAUGCUAUUACUGUGGAAACCACACAGGACGUUCUUCGGGCUGCUCGAGGAAAGAGUGUCACCCUCCCAUGCACCUACAGCACUCCUGUUUCAGACCGACAGGGAUUCAUUCAGUGGGAUAAGCUUCUCAGAAGUCAAACGGAAAAAGUGGCCACCUGGACUUUUGAGACGAAGAAAUACACCUAUGGGAGCCGUUACGAGAACCGCGUGAGAAUAUCUAACGAUGCCGAGCUGUCGAACGCCUCUAUCACCAUCGACCAGCUGACCAUGGACGACAAUGGCACCUACGAGUGCUCCGUCUCACUGAUGUCAGACCAGGAUGUCACCUCCAGGUCUCGAGUCCGCCUCUUAGUCCUCGUACCACCCUCCAAGCCAGACUGCGGCAUCGAAGGGGAGACAGUGAUUGGGAACAACAUCCAACUGACAUGUCAUUCUGCAGAGGGCUCUCGCCCACAGUACAGCUGGAGUUACAAUGCCCAGAACCAGCAGCGGCCACUCGCCCAGCCAGUCUCAGGCGAGCCCUUGCUUCUGAAGAACAUCUCCGUGGAUACAGCGGGUUACUACAUCUGCACCUCCAGCAAUGACGUGGGGACAGAGUUCUGCAACAUCACCGUGGCACCCAGACCUCCCUCCAUGAACAUUGCACUGUAUCUCAGACAUUGCGGGGGUGUCUUUGUGGCCCUCAUCAUCAUCGGGGUCAUCGUCUACUGCUGCUGUUGCCGGGAAAAAGAUGACAAAGCUCAAGAAAUGGAGACCGUGCGACCGGACCGAGCAGCUUACCAAGAGCCUAAAAACCAGCGGACAGAAAUUUCCAGAGAGUGGGAAGAUGAGGAUGACCGCAGGCAUGAGGACCAGAGGAGCUCAGGGCGUGGCUCUCCAGACCAGCCUUUCCAGUGAAGGGUGCCUUCUGCCCAGGGGGAGAGAAGGGAGGUCUAGGGCCCAGGCUCCUGCUUCUGGCUGCCUUCCUCCCAAGCCCCAUAGUCCCGCCCCUCCCCAGGUGGAGUACUUCCUGUGUGUGUAUCUGCCUCUGGGGAAUCAUCACUGGCUUGGCUACUGAGGUCACUGAAAGGACCCUUCCUUAUUGCUAAGUCUGACUCAGGGCCUGGCUUUUCCUCUGCCUGCCUUACGGCUGGCAGGAGCUCCUAGAGGCUCAGAACGAUCAGGAGC